AUCUCUACACAUUUUACACCCUACAUGUAUUUAUUGCAUUGCAUGCAUGUUAGCGGCCGUGCUAACGUUUAUUGAUUUAUUGAUUAUUGAUUGUAUUAUCAGUUUUGGUUCCAGUGUCUCCGCCUGAGUUUGGCUCCGCCCACACAUUCCUGUGCGUCUGGGGCUGCGAGGAGGAGGAGCAGGAGCACAGAAAAGAGAAGAGAGGUUGUUGGGGACUGCCUGUGGACCCCAGAAGCAGAGAGGAGAUGAACAACAACAACAACAACAACAACAACAAGCAGCAGCAGCAGCUCCUCCGCACUGAGCCCUCCGCACUGAGCCCUCCGCCCGCUGCAGCCUCACACUGCCCCGCUGCAGCCUCACACUGACCCGCUGCAGCCUCACACUGCCCCGCUGCAGCCUCACACUGACCCGCUCCCUGAGUCUCAUCCACCUGGAAACUCUGGAAACUUGUUGGGAACUUGUUUCUUUUUCUUUUCUUCUUUUGGGAGUUUGUUUUCCAGCGUUUGUUUGUUUGUGGAGAAAAUAAAAGAACAAACAAACAACGAGAGAAAGUGUGAGAGGAGGAAAUCAUGGAGAUCCUGGACAGCAGUGAACCGUUCCUGCACUGGGACCGGAACCUGAGCGAGCUGUCUGAGUCCGGGGAGAUCGACUGUGUGCUCUACACUAAUCACUUCUCCGAGCUCCUGGACGACCUCUCCCAGGAUGCUUUGCUGGGCCAGCUGCUCAGCGACCCCUUCCUGUCCGGAGGGAGAGGCAGCGUGGAAGCCAUGGAGGGGGAGGACGGGGGCGACCUGUCCCCGUCUUCCCCGCUUCCCCCGCACAUCACGGCCGAGCACAGCUACUCGCUCUGCGGGGACAGCCGGCCGCAGUCGCCCCUGUCGCACCUGACCGGAGAGCAAGGCAGCGAAGCAGCCGAGUCUGACGGAGAUUCAGCUGAGUGGCCGAUGGAGCAGGACGACGCCAUCGACAGCCUCCUGUGUGACACUCCCUCCCUCCUCCCAACCCUCUCCCUCUCUCUGGGCUCAGGGCCCCAAGCGCCCGAGGGCCCCACUGUGGCCCCCGUUGCUGCCGCCAGCCCAGCUCAGCCUGCAGUCAACAACCAGGGCAAAGGCAUCAAGAUAAAGGAGGAGAAUAUCAUCCCCCAGAUUAAACUGGAACCUCAUGAAGUCGACCAGUUUCUCAAUCUUUCUCCCAAAGGUCUGGAGUCCCUGCAGAUGCCUCCCACUCCUCCCAGUUCCCACGGCAGCGACUCAGAGGGCAGCCAGAGCCCCGUCCACGCCCCGCCCGGCCUGUCCUGCCCCACCUCCCCCACCAGCCCUCCUCCAUCGCAGGCCGGCCUGAAGGUGUCUCCUCGAGCUGCGUCCUGCCUCUCCAACUCCCCGCUGCUCACCGCGCCUCACAAGCUGCAGGGCUCGGGCCCGCUGAUGCUGACUGAGGAGGAGCGCCGUACGCUGGUGGCCGAAGGUUACCCGGUUCCCACCAAACUGCCGCUCACCAAAGCCGAGGAGAAGGCGCUGAAGAAGAUCCGCAGGAAGAUCAAAAACAAGAUUUCUGCUCAGGAGAGUCGCAGGAAGAAGAAAGAGUACAUGGACACUCUGGAGAAAAAGGUGGAGAACUGCUCCAACGAAAACAACGAGCUGCGCAGGAAGGUGGAAACUCUGGAGUGCACCAACAAGUCUCUGUUACAGCAGCUGCAGUCUCUGCAGGCGGUGGUGGCAGGAAAAGUCCCCAAGUCCUGCAGGGUGGCUGGCACCCAGACAUCCUCAUGUCUAAUGGUGGUCGUGUUGUGCUUCGCUCUGUUUUUGGGGAAUUUCUACCCCAGCAGUUUGACCCCGUGCUCCACCGUCACCGAAACCGGCCUCGCUUCCAAACAGCUGGCUGUCAAAGAGUCGUACACAACCACAGUCAAGUCGAGGAAUCUCUUAUCGACCUUCGAUGACGAGCAGCCGCACCUCCUCGGUCUGGGCGGAGAGUAUCCCGAGCAGUUGGAGGACACGGCGGCCAUCGUUAUGGCGGCGUGGCGUCGCUCAGAGCAACAGAAACUGCUGGUGGAGCCCAACAGGGUGGAGACACACCCACCUUUCAGGAAUAAAAGCAAUGAAACACAGACAUCAAAAAACCUGCUGCUUGACCUGCACAGGUCUCUGGAGCAGAGGGCGAAUGAGAGCAGUAGUAAAGUGAUAGAGCUGGAGCGAACGGUCAACGAGACCUCCUGAGGUCCAUGUCAACACGUUCCUCCCUCCCUCCCCCCACCGCCACCACCGCCACCACCACAGCCCAACCACGUGAUGACCUUUGACCCCCUCCCCCUCUGGAGCAUGGUUCAGUGUCCUGGAGCAAACCUCAUGCAGUCGUUCCCACUGCUGAUUGUUUAAGUCAUCUUAAUGCUUAAUCGGAUACACUGUAGUAGUAAUAAUAAUAAUAAUAAUAAUAAUUAUAGAGGGCACUGGUUGCCUUAGUUUCUGAAGUAAAGUUGCACUGAAUAGUUUGAGUGAGUCAACUUCCAGUAGUAUCUGUUGUCUUUCACCUGGAUAGAAACACUGUUAGAAACAGAUGAAUAAUGUACGAGGCAUUUUUAUUCCAGUGGAAAAUAUAUUCAGAUAUGACAUGAGAGGCUUUUUACAGGACACUGACGGAGAACCUUUGUAUUUAUAAAACCUUUUUUUGGGGUUGCUCUUUGUAGUUCUUUUAAUAUUAAAUGUUGUUAUUCCAUUCCAGUGAUGCAUACAUCCCAUUUUGAUACUUGUUUGUGUUCAUAUUAUAUUUUGUGUUUUUAUUUUAUUGUACUCUUUUAUAUUCUGUUUAUACUUUCUGCAUCGGGAGCGAGCUAAAGGUUCCUGCGCUUAUUUAGAAAAUUGCAAAAAUGUGUCUGCAAAAUAAAGAAAGAAAAGUUCAGUUUAAUGUAAAUAAUGCAGACAACUGAUUCCUCAUAGCUGAAGACUAACUGUAGCGUAUAUAAAGAAUCCUACAAACAUCAUGUAUCGGAUGUUUACAGGAAGUUUUAACACUUGGUCCGAAGAUAAAAUGUUUCAGACAUUAUCAUUAUCAGGUUGCUCUUCCAGCAGCAGUGAAUGCAUCCCAUAAUGUUGUUUUUCCUUUAAGAAAUACUUUGAUACUCAUUUGUUGUUUUCCAAGACAAGAAGAUCGAUAUGAAGCUACAGGGAGCAACAGACUGCUAGCUUGGCUCUCUCUAAAGAUUUAAAAACCACCUACCAGCAACUCUAAGACUCACUAAUGAACAACAGAGAUAUAACAUAUUAAUUAGUGAGCUUUAGACGAGUGGCAGGUUGCACCAACAGAGCUUAAACCUUCUUCUCACUAAGAGCCUUAAUCUCUUUCUUUGCCUCGAUCAGAAGGUCGUUCUAGUUUUUCCGCCGCCGGAGUCUGAACGAUCAUUAACGGUCUUAUUUCUCUGCGAGCCUCCGACUCUUAAACCUCCUUUUUAUUGGAUUUUACUGGUUUUUUAUACUCUCCCAGAAACUAAUAAAUGCCUUUGUGGUUAAGACAAAGACUGAGCAGUUAGGAUCAGGCUUAGUGAAGACCAGUUGGUGCAACCCGUCCCAGAGUUCAAAGAUCUGCUUUUACAGAAUUUGACUGUUUUUCCCACCUUGAAGUUACUUCAAACUGAAAUAUUAAGUUAUUUUGGUGCCAUCGUUUGGGGUCUGUGGGAUCAGAUAACAUAAUCAGGCAUCCAGGAGUUGAGCAAAACUCGGCCAAUAAACUUAGAGGUGUUGAGACAAGGUUUGUCUGAGGGGAGGCCCACAGGCUCAAGCUUGUUUCCAGCCUUUGUGCUAAGCUAUGCUAACCACCUGCUAACAGUAGCUUCAUGUUUAUCGAUCUUCUGUCUACUCUCCAAGAGUGAAAGUGUAUUUCCCCAAAAAGUCAAACUGUGUGUUUUUUUAAAUGUGUGAUGGAACCACAGAAUUAACGUUAGCUUCACUAACCGUUGAUCCUUUAAACUCGUUCACUGUCUCUAUCUGUAUCAGCAUUUGCCAAAAAAACCUUCUUUUCAGAAUUGAAAAAAAAAAUCUAUUUUUGUAAAUAUAAGUUGUGAAUAAAUAAGCAAGUCUAAAUGUGUGUGGGAUCUGCAGUUCAUAAACCAAUCCAGGCUUUGUCCCAACAGUCCAGAUGUUUUAAAUGUCUGAGCUUUAUUCAAACGUUGAUCUUUAAUGUGUUCCACUCACUUUCUGUACAUCCAUGUUGUAAAUAGAAACACCUCACUGUAUUUUUAUUCAGCCAAGAAACUUAAGAAAUUGUAUUUUGAAUCAAACUGUCAACAGAAAUAGAUCCAAGUCUUGUUUAGAGGAUAGAAAACAAGAUUAGUUUAUUGAGGUCUCAUAUUUAAGCUUUAUAGAAUCAGUGUCUGAGUCAUCAAAGAUGUAUUGUUCAGUCUGUAUGUUGUUAGGAUGCAUUGAUGAUACUCUGUGCUCUAAGGAACCAAAACAACAUUAACUAUGGAAGCUCACUUCCGCCAAUGUUUCUAUACAUCUUUUUUUUCACCACAUUGGCGGAAAUGUGCUUCCAUACAGGAAACAACAAGAUAAACAUAUCUUUGAAUUUGGAGAAUCCUCCUCAGGUUGAGACUGAAACUAGCAGCCAGUGGAGAGCCUUUUUACCAAAUCAGAUUUCAUGUCCAUGUUGCUCUUCCUUGACUGAGGCUUUCUGUCUCUUUGCUUUCAAAUGAAUAAAGUAUUUUCCUUAGUAAAAGCAUAA